AUGGCUAUAGAUUUGAUUUAUGGCACUGGUGAUCCUGAGCUCAACAAGGGUGUCAAGAAGGUGGAACCAAACAUCUCUAUGGAAGAAGAAAGAAAUCAGAGCUCAGUGGUUAUGUUUGUUUUAGUGGGGCUCACAGAUGACAAAGAGCUGCGGCUUAUCCUCUUUCCAGUCUUCCUGGGGAUCUAUCUCGUAACCUUAUUUUGGAACCUGUGUCUGAUCCUACUCAUCAGGAUGGACUCUCACCUGCACAUACCUAUGUAUUUUUUUCUGAGUUGUCUAUCAUGUAUAGACAUUUGCUUUACUUCUUCCACCAGCCCCAAAAUGCUUUCUGAUUUUUUCAAAGAUAAAAAAACUAUCUCUUUUGUUGGCUGUGCCACUCAGUAUUUUGUUGGAUGCUGGAUGUGUUUGUCUGAGUGUUGCCUCUUAGCUGUCAUGGCCUAUGACAGAUAUGUAGCCAUUGGGAACCCUUUGCAGUACUCAACCAUCAUGGAACCUGGGCUCUGUCAGAAGAUGAUUGCUGGAGUCUUCUGGAUUGGUUUUCUUGGUAGCUUAGUUCAAACAGUUCCUUGCUUUAAACUAGACUAUUGUGGACCAAAUGUCAUUCAACAUUUCUUCUGUGACUUACCCCAGAUCAUUACUUUGUCAUGUUCCAGCCCUUUUGUCACCCAAAUAAUUGUUUUUCUUGUAGCUUUCUUUGUUGGCUUUGGGUCUUUGCUAAUGAUUCUGUUAUCCUAUGGUUUUAUCACAGCUUCCAUCUUGAAAAUAUCCUCAGUGAAAGGUAGUGCCAAAGCCUUCAAUACCUGUGCCUCCCACCUAGCAGUUGUGAUCCUCUUCUAUGGUGCAACCCUUUCUGUGUACCUGCAUUCUAGUUCUAGUCACACCAAGAGGAAAGACAAAGUGCUGUCAGUGGCCUAUGUUAUCCUCAUUCCCAUGUUAAACCCUCUUAUCUAUAGUCUAAGAAACAAAGAGAUCAAAGAGGCCUUUAAGAGGAUGAUGAAGUGGGCUAUCCAUUCACCACAGUAA